CUUGCUCUAAAGCAGGUGACGAAGAAGAAUACUUGCAAAGAAGCCUAUCUGAACAGCUGGUAGUUAGUUACUUACAGGAAGCGGUAACUUGUCGGUUUUCUUUUCCUUUCGGGUGAGUUAUGUUCAUGUAGCAUGAGCAUUUCCCUUUUUAUCAGAGAAGAAAGAAUCGUUAGGCCUGGUGAGGCUUCAGAAGGAAGAGGUUUGACAAAACUGACAUUUUUAAAUAUUUUGCGAAUCAAAUGACAGCAAUACAAUGAGCUUCCGAGCAAAAGUUUUCAAACGGGAGCCCAGUGAGUUUUGGAAGAAGAGACGGACAGUGAGAAGAGUCAAUCAAGAAGAAAUCCACAGACUCGGUUCCCAAGAAAAACCCAGGCUUCCCGAGCCUUUGGAUUAUGAAACUAUCAUUGAAGAACUUGAAAAGACGCAUCAGAAUGAUCCCCUCCGAGAUCUCCUCUUCUUCCCCAGUGACGACUUCUCGACAGCCACAGUUUCGUGGGACAUCCGAACGUUGUACUCAACAGUACCUGAAGACGCAGAGCACAAAGCAGAAAGUUUACUGGUGAAAGAGGCUUGUAAAUUUUAUAGUUCCCAGUGGUACGUGGUAAACUACAAAUAUGAACAAUAUUCUGGAGACAUUCGACAGUUACCUCGAGCAGAGUACAAGCCAGAGAAACUUCCUUCACAUUCCUUUGAGGUUGACCAUGAAGAUGCUGAUAAGGAUGAAGAUACCACCUCCCACUCGUCUUCCAAGGGCGGUGGGGGCGCGGGAGGAACUGGAGUUUUCAAGUCUGGCUGGCUCUACAAGGGGAAUUUCAACAGCACCGUGAACAAUACCAUUACUGUGCGGUCAUUCAAAAAGCGCUACUUUCAGCUGACUCAGUUGCCUGAUAGCUCCUACAUCAUGAAUUUUUACAAAGAUGAAAAAAUAUCCAAAGAACCCAAAGGCUGCAUCUUUUUGGAUUCUUGUACAGGUGUGGUGCAGAAUAACAGACUAAGAAAAUAUGCCUUUGAAUUGAAAAUGAAUGACCUGACCUAUUUUGUGCUGGCGGCUGAAACGGAGUCCGAUAUGGAUGAAUGGAUCCACACCCUCAACCGCAUCCUGCAAAUCAGCCCUGAGGGACCCCUUCAGGGUCGGAGGAGCACAGAGCUCACCGAUCUGGGGCUGGAUUCGCUGGAUAAUUCUAUCACAUGUGAAUGCACACCAGAGGAAACAGAUUCUUCAGAGAACAGCCUACAUCCAGACUUCACAAAAUACCUCACAGAAACUGAAGAGACUGUCAAAGCCACUCGAAACCUGGAGAGGCUAAAUCUCUUCUCCAUGGAUCCAGAUAUAGAAACCUUGAAACUUCAGAAAAAGAAUCUUUUAGAACCCGAGUCAGUGAUCAAACCAUUUGAAGAAAAAGCUGCCAAGAGAAUCAUGGUCAUUUGUAAAGCUCUCAACUUCAGUCUUCAGGGAUGUGUUACGGAGAAUGAAAAUGAUCCGAUAACGAAUAUUGAGCCUUUUUUCGUGAGUGUGGCCCUCUACGACCUCAGAGACAGCAGGAAGAUUUCUGCUGAUUUCCAUGUGGACCUGAACCACACGGCUGUCAGGCAGAUGGUCUCAGGGGCCUCCGUGACGCUGGAAAAUGGGAAUAUAGACACGGUCACCCCGCGGCAAUUGGAAGAACCUCACGUCAAGGGGUUUCCAGAGGAAUGGCUGAAAUUUCCAAAGCAGGCUAUAUUCUCUGUAAGCAAUCCACAUUCUGACAUUGUUUUGGUGGCCAAAGUCGAGAAAGUAUUAAUGGGAAACAUUGCAAAUGGUGCAGAACCUUACAUUAAGAAUCCAGACUCCAACAAGUGUGCACAAAAGAUACUCAAAUCCAAUAGGCAGUUCUGCAGCAAGUUGGGGAAAUACCGCAUGCCAUUCGCUUGGGCAAUGAGAUCAGUAUUUAAGGACAACCAGGGAAAUGUGGACAGAGACUCAAGAUUUUCACCAUUAUAUAGACAAGAAAGUAGCAAGAUUUCAACCGAGGACCUACUUAAACUAGUGUCAGAUUAUAGAAGGGCUGACAGAAUAAGCAAAAUGCAGACCAUUCCUGGAAGCCUGGAUAUUGCUGUUGACAACAUUCCUUUGGAGCAUCCAAACUGUGUAACAUCGUCCUUUAUCCCUGUCAAGCCUUUCAAUGUGAUGGCUCAACCAGAACCCACAGUGGAGGUGGAAGAGUUUGUUUACGACUCAACAAAGUAUUGCCGCCCUUAUAGAGUAUACAAAAAUCAAAUGUAUAUUUAUCCCAAGCACCUCAAGUAUGACAGCCAGAAAUGUUUCAACAAGGCACGAAAUAUAACUGUGUGCAUUGAAUUCAAAAAUUCAGAUGAAGAAGGUGCCAAGCCCGUGAAGUGUAUUUAUGGAAAACCUGGAGGGCCCCUCUUCACCACAGCCGCCUACACAGCAGUUCUGCACCAUUCCCAGAAUCCGGAUUUCUCAGACGAGGUGAAAAUUGAGCUGCCAACACAACUCCAUGAGAAACCCCAUAUUCUCUUUACUUUUUAUCAUGUCACUUGUGACAUAAAUGCAAAAGCAAAUGCCAAAAAGAAGGAGGCUCUGGAAACAUCAGUUGGAUAUGCGUGGCUUCCUCUGAUGAAACAUAAUCAGAUAGCUUCUCAAGAGUACAAUAUCCCAAUAGCUACAAGCCUGCCUCCUAAUUAUUUACGCUUUCAAGAUUCUGCAAGUGGAAAGCAGGGCGGGAGUGACGUGAAGUGGGUUGAUGGUGGGAAACCACUUUUCAAAGUCUCUACAUUUGUUGUCUCAACAGUGAAUACUCAGGAUCCAUAUGUGAACGCAUUUUUCCGAGAAUGCCAAAAAAGGGAGAAAGAUAUUUCUCAGUCACCUACCUCAAAUUUUGUCCGCUCUUGUAAGAACUUAUUGAAUGUGGAAAAGAUUCAUGCGAUCAUGAGUUUUCUGCCUAUAAUCUUGAACCAGCUCUUCAAGGUUUUGGUCCAGAAUGAGGAAGAUGAAAUAAGUACAACUGUGACCAGGGUUCUGACUGACAUCGUCGCCAAAUGCCACGAGGAACAAUUGGACUACGCUGUCCAGUCAUACAUUAAGUUCGUGUUCAAGACCAGGGCAUGCAAAGAGAGAACAAUACAUGAGGAACUGGCUAAAAAUGUGACUGGUCUUUUGAAAUCAAAUGACUCAACAACAAUUAAACAUGUCUUGAAGCAUUCCUGGUUCUUCUUUGCAAUUAUUCUGAAAUCCAUGGCACAACACUUGAUUGACACAAAUAAAAUUCAGCUUUCUCGGGCUCAAAGGUUUCCUGAAUCAUACCAAAAUGAAUUGGACAAUCUGGUCAUGGUCCUAGCCGAUCACAUGAUUUGGAAAUAUAAAGACGCCCUUGAAGAAACAAAAAGGGCCAACCACAGCAUCGCCAGGUUUCUUAAGCGUUGCUUUACGUUUAUGGACCGGGGCUUUGUGUUUAAGAUGGUCAACAAUUACAUCAGCAUGUUCUCCUCUGGUGAACUCAAGACUUUAUGCCAGUAUAAAUUUGAUUUCCUUCAAGAAGUGUGUCAGCAUGAGCACUUUAUCCCUUUGUGUCUCCCCAUAAGAUCAGCAAACAUCCCAGAUCCUUUGACACCUUCAGAAUCAACUCAAGAGUUGCAUGCAUCAGAUAUGCCUGAAUAUUCGGUCACUAAUGAAUUUUGCCGCAAGCACUUCUUAAUCGGGAUUCUGCUCCGAGAAGUUGGCUUUGCUCUGCAGGAAGACCAAGAUGUCAGGCACUUAGCUUUAGCUGUCCUAAAAAAUCUAAUGGCUAAGCAUUCAUUUGAUGAUCGAUACAGAGAACCAAGAAAGCAGGCCCAGAUAGCAAGUUUAUACAUGCCCCUCUAUGGCAUGCUCCUGGACAAUAUGCCAAGGAUUUACCUGAAGGACCUGUAUCCUUUUACUGUCAAUACAUCGAACCAGGGCUCUAGAGAUGACCUCAGCACCAAUGGAGGAUUUCACAGCCAGUCAGCAAUGAAACAUGCGAACUCUGUGGACACAUCGUUUUCUAAAGAUGUUUUAAAUUCCAUAGCAGCAUUUUCAUCAAUAGCUAUUUCUACAGUAAACCAUGCUGACUCCAGGGCAUCCUUAGCAAGUCUUGACUCCAAUCCAAGUACCACUGAGAAGAGCAGUGAGAAGACUGACAACUGUGAAAAGAUCCCAAGACCCUUGUCUUUGAUAGGCUCAACACUUCGAUUUGACAAGUUAGAUCAAGCUGAAACCAGGAGUCUUCUUAUGUGUUUUCUUCACAUUAUGAAGAAUAUUUCAGAGGAGACUCUGAUUGCCUACUGGCAACGAGCACCCAGUCCAGAGGUGUCGGACUUCUUCAGCAUCUUAGACGUCUGUCUUCAAAAUUUCAGAUACCUAGGAAAACGCAUUAUAAUAAGGAAAAUUGCUGCUGCAUUUAAAUUUGUGCAGUCCACCCAGAACAAUGGAACUCUCAAAGGAUCGAAUCCUUCCUGCCAAACAUCAGGCCUCCUGUCACAAUGGAUGAACACCAAUUCUGGUCAUGAAGGACAUAAGCAGUCCAGAUCACAAACUUUACCUAUAAUUCGAGGCAAAAAUCCACUUUCUAACCCCAAACUCUUACAGAUGUUAGACAAUACCAUGAGCAGCAACUCAAAUGAAAUAGACAUCGUGCAUCAUGUGGACACAGAGGCUAAUAUAGCUACAGAGGUUUGCCUGACUAUUCUAGACCUGCUGUCUCUCUUCACUCAUAUUCAUCAGAGACAACUUCAACAAUCUGAAUGUCAAAAUUCAUUAAUGAAAAGAGUCUUCGAUACCUACAUGCUCUUUUUCCAAGUCAACCAGUCAGCCACAGCGCUAAAGCAUGUGUUUGCAUCCCUCAGACUGUUUGUAUGCAAGUUUCCUUCAGCGUUCUUCCAAGGGCCUGCCGACCUGUGUGGAUCCUUCUGCUAUGAAGUCCUAAAGUGCUGUAACCACAGGUCACGGUCAACUCAGACAGAAGCGUCAGCACUUCUGUACUUUUUCAUGAGGAAGAAUUUUGAAUUUAACAAGCAGAAGUCAAUUGUCCGAUCCCACUUACAACUCAUCAAGGCCGUAAGCCAGUUAAUAGCUGACGCUGGGAUUGGAGGCUCUCGGUUUCAACAUUCCCUUGCAAUUACCAAUAAUUUUGCUAAUGGAGACAAACAAAUGAAAAACAGCAAUUUCCCAGCAGAGGUGAAAGACCUGACUAAACGUAUAAGGACUGUUUUAAUGGCCACGGCUCAGAUGAAGGAGCAUGAGAAGGACCCCGAAAUGCUGGUGGAUCUCCAGUACAGCCUGGCCAACUCCUAUGCGAGCACCCCUGAGCUACGGAGGACCUGGUUGGAAAGCAUGGCCAAGAUUCACGCUCGAAACGGAGACUUGUCCGAGGCUGCUAUGUGCUACAUCCAUAUAGCCGCCCUCAUUGCAGAAUACCUGAAAAGAAAGGGUUACUGGAAAACGGAAAAGAUUUGCACACCAUCCCUGCUCAUGGAGGAUAUGCACCCCUGCGAUAGCAACCCAUUACUAACCAGUCCUGGUGGAGGAAGUAAGUAUGUCAUGACAUUUCCUGCUAUCCUCAGCAUAAUUCCUGCUCUCAAAGAGUUUAGAACCUUGAGAAAGACAAACUUCCUUCAGGAACUACAGCAUGUCCUGGUGGAGCAGCUAUACAUGUGUGUGGAGUUUCUCUGGAAGUCUGAGAGAUACGAACUCAUCGCUGAUGUCAACAAGCCCAUCAUUGCUGUCUUUGAGAAGCAGAGAGACUUCAAAAAAUUAUCGGAUCUUUACUACGACAUUCACCGGUCCUAUCUGAAAGUUGCGGAAGUGGUGAAUUCAGAGAAGCGACUGUUUGGUCGGUACUACCGCGUGGCAUUUUAUGGGCAGGGGUUUUUUGAAGAAGAAGAAGGUAAAGAGUAUAUUUAUAAAGAGCCUAAGCUGACAGGUCUAUCGGAGAUUUCCCAAAGACUGCUCAAGCUGUAUGCAGAUAAAUUCGGAGCAGACAAUGUGAAGAUAAUACAGGAUUCCAACAAGGUAAACCCGAAGGAUUUGGACCCCAAAUAUGCCUAUAUCCAGGUGACCUAUGUGACACCAUUCUUUGAGGAAAAGGAAAUAGAGGACCGGAAGACGGAUUUUGAAAUGCAUCACAACAUCAACCGCUUUGUGUUUGAAACACCCUUCACGCUGUCGGGCAAGAAGCACGGUGGCGUGGAGGAGCAGUGCAAGCGCAGGACCGUCCUGACAACCAGCCACCUGUUUCCCUAUGUGAAGAAGAGAAUCCAGGUCAUAAGCCAGUCGAGCACAGAACUGAAUCCUAUUGAAGUGGCAAUCGACGAGAUGUCCAAGAAAGUCUCUGAGCUUAACCAGCUCUGCACAAUGGAAGAGGUGGACAUGAUCCGACUGCAGCUCAAACUCCAAGGAAGUGUCAGCGUGAAGGUUAAUGCAGGGCCCAUGGCCUAUGCACGAGCUUUUCUUGAAGAAACCAAAGCAAAGAAAUACCCUGACAACCAAGUAAAGCUUCUGAAGGAAAUCUUCAGGCAAUUUGCAGAUGCGUGUGGGCAGGCCCUGGAUGUGAAUGAGCGCCUCAUCAAGGAAGACCAGCUGGAGUACCAGGAAGAACUGCGGUCCCAUUAUAAGGACAUGCUCAGCGAACUCUCCGUAAUCAUGAAUGAGCAGAUUAUGUGCAGGGACGAAUCAUCAAAAUGCGGAGUGGAGCGAACCUUUUCUCGAAUACUUAGCAAGAGGACCCCAGCUCUGCCCACGGUCUCCAUCUCAGCUAGUGCGGACGUGUGAGCAAAGGUCUGCAGCAUCAGACACACCUCUAAAGGGACUUUCUGAACUUGCAGCUAAUCUCGGGGAAGAGAAGAUAGAUUUAAUUUAUUUGAAGUUUUUAUGUUAAUAUUUUUUUACCUCGCUAGCUUAAGAAUUUUGCCAGUCUCUGAAUUUGCACAUUUCGUAUGAUUCGUUUUCCUUUGGGCAGCGUUAAACAAGCCAAGCGGAGUAUUUGCCAUUCCAAUGAACGUGCAGCUCAAACGCAAACCCCAAGUUUGCUGUCAGUUACAAUAUGUUCAAUACCAAGUCAUAUUUUAAAGGUCAAAGUGAAUGUUUUUGUAACAUUUAAGCAUAUUUCAAAUGUAAAUAGGAGAUUGUAAAAUAUAUGGUUUUUACCAAAAUUAAAAGAACCUUUUUGGUUGAUACUUAUGAUGUGCUAAAAAUUAUAUGCAUAACAUUUCAGAUACCAUUAUAUUAAAAUAUUUGUCUAUGUGUACAAAAGUGUUGAUAAAUACUAAUCUUUAAAGUUUGUGGAGUUCCUUUAUUGUAAUAUAUGUGCUCUUAAAUGCAAUGGGCUGUGAAAUUAUGGAAGUAUUUUGUUGUUAAUAGAAAUAAAAAUACAGUUCCUUUGCAUUUGGUUCUCUCAUGACGAGUGGGUGAGUCCCUACUAAAAGUAGUUCAUUGGACUGGGCAUGUACUAAAUGCGACCCUACAUUCACUACUUAUGAUGCCUUACCUAGAAACAUAAAAAGGACUUGGACUUCAGCAAGGCAGUUCUUCCAAAAAGAUCAACUAGACAGGCCAGAGGUUUUCAAACCUAGGGGAUUAGCAGACUGAUGUGGAGAAGAUAUAAUGAAUCAGAAUCUCAAGGGUUGUGUAAUUACUAAGGUUAUUCAUAAAUACCUCAUCUCUACAUUCUGCAAAUGUGUGGUAGGAUUGCACUUUCCUUCCUCUUUUGAAGUUAGACUUGACCAUGGGGCUUGCUUUAACCACUGAA